AUGCGAUUGGAAUAUGCGUGGAACUUACAGAAAAACGUGUUAAUUUCUUGGAAUGUGAAUCUUUUAAUUAUAGUUUCAGAGAAAAGAUAAAUCAUUUUGGCUUCGUUGAAGAAUCAAGAUCCGAUUUUAUGGAAAUGAGUGAAUGGAAGUAAGUUUUUGCUAGAUAGUAAAAAUCAUGCCUCUCUUCUCACCAUUUAGUCAUAUCCAAGUGGCAUGGCCUCUGAUUAUGUUGGGCUCCUGAUUGGUAAAAUAUUUAAUGUAUUAAAUUCAUAUUUCAAUACUUAAAGAUAAUCUUUUCAAAAUUCAGAAAUUUCCGUAUCUAUAAAAUUUAGCCUAACCUUUUUAAAAUGGUCUUUACUUCUCUAAAAAGAACCGUCAAAUACGAAUACGAUUCUAAGUUUUUUAGUCUUUAUAGUCAGUCUCUCACAGAUUUUGUGCAUUCAAAUCACAAAGCAAGUCGCGUACAAUGGGUUCUGCAUUCGAUCCCCUUGUCACGGCCACUGAGGAUCUCGCCGCCGUCAACUCGGCGCCGCCACUCUCAAACCUCACGCAAGAAGAACUCAAGAAAAUCGCCGCUUAUAAAGCCGUCGAAUUCGUCGAAUCUGGAAUGGUUAUCGGUCUCGGCACUGGCUCCACCGCGAAACACGCCGUGGCUCGUAUCAGCGAGCUUCUCCGAGAAGGAAAACUCAAGGAUAUAAUCGGAAUCCCUACUUCAACCACAACGCAUGAGCAAGCGGUGUCUCUAGGGAUACCAUUAUCCGAUCUAGAUUCGCAUCCGGUGGUGGAUCUAUCAAUCGAUGGCGCCGACGAAGUCGAUCCGGCUCUUAAUCUGGUGAAAGGACGCGGCGGAUCGUUAUUGAGAGAGAAGAUGAUUGAAGGAGCAUCUAAGAAGUUCGUUGUGAUUGUUGAUGAAUCGAAGCUUGUCAAGUAUAUCGGAGGAAGCGGACUCGCUGUUCCGGUGGAGGUUGUUCCGUUCUGCUGCGAUUUCACAAGGGGGAAACUGGAAGAGCUAUUUAGAGAUUCGGGAUGUGUUGCGAAGCUGAGGAUGAAAAUCGGAUCUAACGGCGAAGAGGCGGCGCCGGCUGUGACGGAUAAUAGGAAUUAUGUGGUGGAUUUGUAUUUGGAGAGAGAUAUUGGAGAUUUAGAGGUGGCGAGUGAGGCGAUAUUGAGGUUUCCUGGAGUAGUGGAGCAUGGGAUGUUUCUGGGAAUGGCGACUACGUUGAUCGUCGCCGGCAAAUUUGGUGUUACCGUCAAGGAUAGGUUUGGAUAAAAGUGUCAUUUGAAAACCAUUAGGGUUUAUGGUUUGAUUUUGAUUUUCGAUGGAUUCUCUCUGGUUCUGUAAACCCUUUCCUCCUAUUGGUUUAAAACUUUGACUUAUUUUUUAAAACUUUGUAGAAUUUUGACUUUUGGAGGCUGUUUACUGCAUUGCCCCUGACCUUAUAGUAUUCACUAAAUUGCCCCGGAACUUUUUCAAUCUACAAAACGCCAGGAACUUUUACGAUUUUCUUAAAAAGUCCUUGAACUUCUGAUAUAUAAUAAAUUGCCCCGGAAGUUUUGAUAUUUAAGAAGUAUUACUGUUUUGAGUAUUUUCCAGAACUUCUGAUAUAUAUACUAAUUGUCCGAAAACUUUUAAUAUUCACCGAGUCUGUCCCAAAAUCAAAAU